UGUACUUGAGUUCUUUCCUUAUUCCUUCCAGUUCUUUACAAAAGCGUGCAAGAGCGAUCUCCACUUGUUAAAAAUGGCGAAACGUACAAAGAAGGUAGGAAUCACCGGAAAAUAUGGCACCCGUUACGGUGCUUCUCUUAGGAAAAUGGUUAAGAAAAUGGAAAUUACCCAACACAGCAAGUAUACUUGCUCGUUUUGUGGUAAGGAGGCCAUGAAGCGUAGUGUCGUAGGAAUCUGGUCCUGCAAACGAUGCAAAAGGACUGUUGCUGGUGGUGCGUGGGUAUAUUCUACGACAGCCGCUGCUUCAGUAAGAUCAGCUGUACGUAGAUUACGUGAAGUUAAAGAACAGUAAAUGUAUGUAAUAAAUAUCUUUUUAACUUA